AUGCAGGCCCCGCUUGUCUUCGCAACGGUGGUAUCCCUGCUGUUUCAAGUGCCAGGAUUGGAUUGGUCAAAGCCAACGGACCAUUUUGAGGUCUUUAGCGGUGACAUGAGUGUGACAAAGGCCGAGUGGAUGGAAGGGCGUGACGCGAUGCCCUUUGACAUUGAACUGGAUGAGAAGCGCAUGAACAUGCUGUCGGCCGAAGGCUUUGCAAAUGCAUUGCAUUGCGUAUGCAACUUGAAGCCUGGCGGUGGCCACAUGUCGGCCCCAGUUUGCUCGACUUGGGUUUUUAUGUCGAGGGGGAGCACUUUGCGCUCUAGAACCCGACCACUUGGUCGCAAAGACUCUGGGGCCGUUAGAGAUGGAAACGUGCUUGCGGCUCGCGCUUUGGUGUUGUGCAUCUUGGCGGCGGCCAAGGGAUGCUUCUGGUUGCUGGAGCAACCAGCGAGCUCCAUCAUGGAGCUUCACCCAUUGUUUCAAGCUGCCAUAAGACUCUUGGGUACGCACCGCUUGUGCAUUGCUAUGGGGCGAUAUGGUGCACCGACGCCGAAGCGGACCAUUCUCUACAGCAGCCAUGCCUGUGUGAGGGAUAUCCAGGACUACGAGGUCGAGCCGGAGUAUGAUGAUAGUAGGCAGAUGGUUGUCAAGUACGUCAACCAAAAGGGAGAAUCCCGGAUCCACGGUGGAGCUCACUUGAAGUCUUCCCAAGCCUACCCCAAACAGUUUGGAGUGGCGCUGGCAAAGGUGAGAACCAAGUUCGCCAAGCGUCACCGUCGCCAGGCUAUGUCUUUCUUACGACAAGCAAGGAUGAGCGAUCGUGAGUUUGAUUGCAGGCCGAGAAUCAAUCGGGCCUGGCUCAGCUACAGCCCGGUUUCGAUUUCUACGAACAUGCCGGACCCAAGCCCAAGAACUCCACCACGCAGAAGACAUCGAAGCAAGACCCCAGGCAGCGCACAGGUGCCAACAAGGCCAUCUGCUUUGAGAAACCCCAUGGACCAGAGAGGUCGCGAGAAGGAAAGAAAAAAGGAAGAAGAGAAGCGUGGGAGUAAAAACGUAAACAACAAGACAGACCCAAAGAAGAGAAAGGAGAGCAGCGGCAGCGGGAAGGAUGCAAAGGAUGAUGAUGAGAUUGAGCAGGCAGCGAAGGACAAGAAGGAGGCUCAAGAUAUGAAGGGCAAGGAAAAGGGCACCGACAAAGAGAAGAAGGACAAGGACAAGAAGGCGAUGAAGCAGAAGGAGGCGAAGAAGGAGAUGGAAGCAAAGAUGGACAAGGAGAAACCAACCAAUGAAGCGAAGAAGUGCAAGGGAGAGGUGAGUAGGGAAAAGAAUGUAAAGGAGGUAAAGGAGGUGAAGAAGCACGCAGAGAGGAAUAAGGACAAGGAAGUGAAGACGGACAAGGAGGCAAGGGUUGAGAAGGAGGUGAAAGUCAAGAAGGAGGUGAAGGUUGACAAAGAGACAAAGGAUGACAAGGAGAAGGUGACAAAGAAGGGUGCUGACCAAAGGAAGAUUGACAAGAAGGAAAAGCGCAAGAAGGCGAAGAAGGAGAAACGUCAGAAGGUCAAGAAUGACAAGAUGGACAAGAAGAAGGGCAAACGAGGGACCAAAAAAGAACGCCGCAUAAAGUAUGUGCCUGUGAAGAAGCAUAAAAUUGAUCACAUCUUUGACAAGUCCGAGGCAGAGGGCACUGGGACUCCAUCGUCAUCACAUGCGACUUUAUCGUCCAAGGAAAAGGCAGAGCAGAAGCUGAAAGAACUGACAGCGAUCAUGGCUGCUUCAGAUUGUGACAGCGACAGUCUACCUGCCACUGACAUGACAGGUGAUGAGGAGGAGGAAAGUAUGGAGGAAGAAGGAAGUGGCUCUGAAGAGACUGAAGGAGAUGAUGAUGAUGAGAAAGAGAAAGAGGAGGAGGAGGAGAAGAAGAAGGGCGAGGCGGGUGAGAAGGGGGCUGAAUGUCACGCCUUGGUUCCAGUCAUAGAGGCAUCGCGACUGCAGGUUGCAAACAUUCGCAACAGUGUGACCAACAAAAAGGAGUGGGAUGUCUUCAGCAGGCAGGCAAAGACCAAGAUGCCAGUCGAGCUGAACGAUGCAUACCAGCAGAACAAAAAUGACCUGUUCAAUAUGUGGUUGGACAAUGGUGCCAACGAACAGAGCUGGUCGCACUGUGUGCUGGAGGUGAAGCGGAAGCAAAAGGAAACCAACGAAGCCAAGAAGGGCUGGCAAGCGAUCCAAGGGAAAGUGCUGAAGCAGCGCUAUAGCGAGGAGAAGUGGGAGAAGGUAAAGAAGAAGCGGUUGGAGUCUGGCAUGUUCUACCUCGAUGAUGAUUUCCCAGACGACGAAGAUGAAACAUGGUAUUUCGUGAAGGAGGGCCAGUCUAUGACCAACAGAGUGGAGACUUCUGAAGAGCUUAAGCUGGCAGCCCAAAAAAACAUGGACAGUGAGAUGUUGGCAGCUGUCACCGAUGCAAACUCUGGCCUGAUGCGCGUUGGAGCUUUGCCCAAAGUCUCCACCGCCAGCGCUGCGGGCAACAAGGCACUCCUUGAAGGCAUCGCUGAAAAGGCGAGGACUUCCUCAAUCAAGCUCAGUGGAUUGGAGUUCGCCGAUGAUUUGGCAUCAAACCUCCUGAAGCAAGCUGAGGGAUUGGAGGCGGACUACACCGUUCUUUCCAAGACGGUCAAGGAGGCGUUGACCGGUGUCACUGAGCGGAUGGCCGCCCUUGAGAAAGCACAGGUGGCAGCCAGCCUAGCCUUUGAGAGCCUUCUACUGGGAAACCUUCCCGAUGAAGCUCGAGUCCGGGCGGCUGUCAAUGAAACAGUGGCAGCUUUGACAGCCUGGUCCAUCGGCGUCGCAUCCGAAGGUGUGGGGCCUGAGAUGGGCUUCAUGGGUGAGAGCUUGGUUUUGCGACAGGAACCACUUCUAAAUGUCUUGGCGGUGUGCGCCUACGGACUCCAAAGGUGCACUGAAGUGAUGGACCUGGCAAGCGUUGUGCUCACAAAGGAAGAGGCUGAAGAAGCCUCUGAAUCUCUUCACCUGCACCUCCGAUGCUACUUUUGGCUAGCGUCCUACUUUUACUUGAGGAGAAAGAUGUUGUUCAAAGUGCGCUGCAAGACGCAUUACAAUUUCCACAUCGCGCAGGAUAUAAAGAACUACCAGUUAAACGCUGCUCUCUUUCACACAUUUCAGGAAGAGUCCUUUUUGGGCAAACUGAAGUGCAUAGCAGUUCGGUGUCACGGCAAGACAUGCACAAAACGCUUGUUUCAGCGGUACCUUUUGUGCUUAGCAGUCUUCCUUGAAGACUUGGGUAGAACAACUCGCAAAGUGGGUUGA